AGCAACAUAUCGUCGCAGUCCUUCCUCCUCGCUGCGUCUAUCGAGCUUCUGUGCGAGAAUAUCGCCUGCUGUGUUGAUUCUCACUUGGAGGAUACUAACCCGGCCAUGGACGAUGAUUGGGAGACUGACGGAGAUCUGGCACCAGUUGCACGUGCGAGUGACUCACAGAUCCCUGAGUUCCUGAAGGAUUCCGCCACGUCAUUCUUUGAAAAUGCGGGUAUGGGCAAAGGAGGGGGAGGAUUCGACUCCAGCGAUGAUCCCUUCGCUGCCUUUGGUGACAGCUCUAAGGGGCAUUCCUCGGGGUUUGGUGGAGGAGGAGCUGUAAUGUCCUUUGAUGACUUGCCCUCGUCUUCCUUUGGUGACGAUGAAGGCUUUGGGGGAGACAGCCGUGGACGAGGGCGGGGCCGUGGCCGUGGCCGGGGUAGGGGGCGUGGAGGCGGAGAUGGUGGUGGAGGGGGUCGAGGAGGAGGCAGCUGCUACAAUUGUGGCGAGGAGGGCCACAUGUCACGAAGCUGCCCCAAGAAGGAGGGUGGCUCUGGAAUGGACUUUGGUAGUGGUGGUGGCAGUGGCUUUGGUGGUUUUGGUGGCAGUGGUGACAGUGGUUUUGGUGGCGGUGGCGGUGGUGGUGGUGGACGAGGUGGAGGAUGCUUUAAUUGUGGUGAGGAGGGUCACAUAUCACGGAACUGUCCUAAGGAGAAGAAGCCCAGGAAGGAUGGAGAUUCCUUUGGUGGCGGCAGUAGCGGUUUUGGCUCUUUUGACAAGAAGGACACUGAGGGCACGGGGGAGGAGCCAGACCGACCACCUCUCUUCUGUCCUAAGGAGGUGGAUGAGAAUGAGCUUUUUGACCUGGGUGUUAAGACCGGGGUGAACUUUGAGGCAUACGACAAGAUACCCAUAAAAGUGACUGGCGAAGAGCCGAUACCUCCCCCAGUGAUGACCUUCGAGGAGAUGAACCUGCGUAGUGUGCUGCUGGAAAACGUGUGCAAGGCGGAGUUCCCCAGGCCAACCCCCAUUCAGAAGUAUGCCAUUCCUAUCCUCAUGAACCAAAGGGACCUUAUGGCUUGUGCUCAGACUGGCUCAGGCAAAACAGCUGCCUUCCUGCUGCCAAUGCUACACUAUAUCCUGGAGAACGAUAUCGAGAGCCACAGUUUUGAAGAAGUGGCUCAACCAGUUGGACUUGUUGUCGCUCCGACCCGAGAGCUUGCCAUCCAGAUAUUCCAUGAGGCCAGGAAGUUCUCGUUACAGACUGUGGUCAAAAACUCCUGUAUUUACGGAGGAGUUGUAACAAAUUUCCAGUUGAGGCGUAUGAAGGAGCAAGGUUGUCAUAUCAUAAUAGCAACGCCAGGAAAGCUACUGUUCUUCCUGCGAAUGGGGAAGAUCACCUUGAAGUCCCUUAAAUUCUUAGUGUUUGAUGAGGCUGAUCGCAUGCUUGACUUGGGCUUCAUUGAUGACAUGGAGAAGCUGGUGGCACAUCCUGAUAUACCACCCAAGGGGGAUAGAUUAACCAUGAUGUUUAGUGCAACUUUUCCUGAGGAGGUUCAGCGAUGUGCCCUGCGCUUCAUGGACAACUACCUGUUCCUCGUAGCUGGACAGGUUGGGGCAGCAAAUAAGGAUGUGUGUCAAACUGUUGUGCAAGUUGCUAAAUUUGAGAAGAGGGAUAAGCUUGCUGAAUAUCUUAAAAGCUUUGCAGAUAGCCAAGAGAAAGUUUUGGUGUUUGUGGAAAUGAAACGUCAAGCUGAUUUUGUGGGAACAUAUCUAAGCACUAAUGGCUUUAGAUCGGUUACUCUUCACGGAGGUCGCUACCAGGAGCAGCGCGAGGAAGCUCUGUCUGCCUUUAGGUCUAACAAGUACAGAGUGUUAGUGGCUACCUCAGUGGCAGCCCGUGGUCUAGACAUUCGAGGUGUAGGAUAUGUCAUCAACUACGACCUUCCCAAGUCUGCUGACGAGUACGUGCACCGCAUUGGGCGAACAGGACGUGUUGGCAAUUGUGGCCAGGCCGUGAGCUUCUAUGACCCAGAGCAGGACUUUAACUUGGCCAAAGACUUGGUCAAGAUACUCAGAGAUGCUGAGCAAGAAGUGCCAUCUUGGUUAUGUUCAGCUGCUGAUGGUGGAGGAGGAGCAACUUACUCUGGCAGUGGCCAGUUUGCUUCCACUGACAUCAGAGAUCAGAGCAAUUUGUUUGAAGCACCAAGUGGGUUGUCUCACCUGGGAGGUCCUGUUCCAAAUGAUGAUGACGAAUGGGAUGACUAAUACAACCUUGGGGAAGAUUGCCUUGUUCAUAGAGUGCUCUACAGUAUGUGCUCAUUAUGAGGAAAUAUGUGGUGUGCAAAUAUAUAGCAAGGUUGGCUGAGUCUGGUGUGGUAAGGAUGUUGAUCUGUUCUUGCACUGGAUGAAGUACUUCACUGCACUCACCUGUAAUGUUUAGUUGGUGAUUGUUGCCAUAUCAAGCAGAUGUUAAACACUUGUGUUGAUCAAUUAAUGAUUAAGCUGUUCAGAGAAAAAUUAUUGUUAGCAUCAAGGAUUUCUUUUAAGUGUAUUCUUGUUGUUAUUAUGAGUGAUGCCCUUAUUUAUGGGCUUAUUAUUGUACUAGCUAUUAACUCUAAAAUAAUCUUAUUUAUUUAUUAUUAUUAUUAUUAUUAUUAUUAUUAUUAUUAUUAUUAUUAUUACUACUGCUACUGCUAUUAUUAUUAUUAUUAUUAGUAGUAGUAGUAGUAGUAGUAUUAGUAUUAUUAGUAUUAGUAUUAUUAUUAUUGUUUUAAUGCUUUUGGAAUAUACCUGGACAUUAAACUGUUGUAUAACAAUCAUUAGGAAGACUUUUGUUUCAUGUGAAGAACCUUGCUUGAAGUGUAUUUUUAUUGUACUCAUAUUUAAUAUAGCUUGGUGUGUUGUCUUCAUGAGAUAUUGAUGGUUUCUGGAGUGUCCGGAGCUGUGCAUUGUGCACAUCUGAGGUUAUUGUAAAAUUAGAACUGGUGUGGCAGUCGGGUAUGAAACAAGAAUGAUAUUUUGUAACUUUAUUUGAUGUACCAUUGAACAAAUAUAGAUGAUGAUGCUACAGA